AUAAACGUCAUAAAAUGGUAUAUUUUUCCCAGCCCAGGUAUUUGCAGUGGAUUUUCCUUCUUCUAAUAUUUCUGGAUGUUGAGCCACACCCGAUACCCAAAAACUACACCAAGCCUGAUGGAUGUCUCGAGAAUGUUAUCAAUUCAGAGGAGCAGAUUCUGGACAAUGAAAUACCUGGAUACUUCCACUUUGACCUGCCCGAGGGAGGAUACAUACGGGUGAUUUAUCACGUGGAUAAGUACGGCUUUUAUACCGAAACUUUGCUCUGACAUAGAAUGAUUCUUCCGCUGAGAGUCUGUCUGUGCAGUUUUGCCAUAAUUGGAAACCAGAUUUACUCCAACGAGUCUAAUUUGUAUUUAUGUUUAUAAAAAUAAAAAACAACAUGCAAAUAUAGAUCAAUAAGUUGUUUA